AUGUCUCCUGCUUCGCCGGCGCUCCUGCAGCAGCCCAAUCUUCCUCAAACCCAACAGGCUCUUCCACGGCUUUGCGCUCGCGCAAAAACCUUGGUAAAUUCCGCAAGAGUUGCCUUGCAAGAAGCUACGGUCAUCUCCUCAAGAUGCGUCUUCUUGCGAAAUUCCCUGAAAGAUCAGUUGAAUGUUGCGAUCCAAAUAAACAGGAUGAUGCACAGCACUCGAGAUACUUCUAGAGCCGAAUUUGAGAAAAUGUUGACGGGUUUGGAUAACGCCGACAACAGGCUCAAUCAAACUCUGGAGGUGCUCCGGAAUUCUAUAGUGGAUCCGGCCUUCAGCAUACCAAAUCCCGAAAACGAAGACCCCACCUCGAUGACAAAGGCUCGCACGUUGCACGAUUUUGUCGAUGAUGAGGGGAUUGAAAAUCUUAAGUCUAGAUUGCGACAUUCGAUUGACCAGGUGCAGGAGUCUCAUGACACUCUCUCCAUGUCACUUGCUGAAUUCGAUGCCGAUCUGACUGCCCUGGAUACAUCUCUCUCUAAGCUUCCCGAUCCUAGCAAGCAAGAGGAUGGCUUAGCUGAGCCGAUACAUCCGUACCUCCAUUCUCUUGAAGAACAAGCCGAGGAAAUGGCGCAACUGCUAGAGUCGCUGACGCAGCAUUUUGAUCGGUGUUCACAGGCACUGAGGGAUUCCGAAGCCGUAAAUACCCAUAACCAGGAAAGCGGUAUGACUGAUGAGCUCAAGGAAAGACUCGAUACAAUGGAGAAUAUCUCAACAUAUGUUGGAAAACAUAUUGAAAAAUUGCAUGGGUUGUCCGGCAAGGCCCAUGAUAACUUCUUGCUAUUUGAAGAAUUCCAAGGUAACUUGGGAGGUUAUGUUGGGACGACUAGAGAAUUUGAAACACAGCAAGAUGGAUACUUUAGAGCUAUGGAGGAAAGACUUGAUGAGCUUUGGCAACUAGGCGAUUUUUACGAAGGGUUCAUGGGUGCAUACGACGCCAUGGUUAUCGAGGUGGGGAGGCGUAAAGGAGUGGCUGCAGGAAUGGAUAACAUAGUCAAAGACGCAAUGAAAAAGCUACAAGGACUUUAUGAGGCGGAUCUUGCGGAGCGGGAAGUUUUCAAAGAGGAACAAGGCGACCAUUUACCGAUGGAUAUAUGGCCUGGGAUAAUGGACAUGCCCAUUCGAUACUCUAUCGUGAAGGAUCCCCAAGGAGGCAGCGAACUGCCGAAUAUCAGCAAGGAAGCACUUCAGAGAGCCUUGGGAAGACGAGCAGCAAGAGAGGGUAUGUGA